UGACGUGGCCCACCGUAGAGAGACUGUCCUCCCGGCUCCCGCCGCCGUAGAUACAAUUCCCCCGCCAAACCGAGUCAAGGACCAGUCUGCCUAUAAAAGGCAGCCUCCGCACGGCCACCGUUGUCUUCCAUUUCGGCUCUUUGUAACAGCUGACCUCGGGGCGAUGGCUAUCGCUACUGGUUUCCUUUCCCCUCACUCUCUCUCCCCUUCGUCUCUCGCUCUCCGCAUCUCCAAGUUUUCCUCCCCAGGGCUUGCCCUCUCCCGCUCUCCCCGGGUCGAGAUCGCCAAGCCUUUCCCCUUUCUCCAUGGAUCGAUCGCCUCCAGCAGCAGCGGGUUUCUGGGAAGGAUCCGUGGGAGUGAUUCUCAAUCUUCUAUUGAUACAGAAGACACAUUGGGAUCUUCCUCAUCGAUGUCUGACCAAGAUACUGAUGUAGUUCCAAUGCCAAUAGUGUUGAUAGAUCAAGAUUCAGAUUCAGAUGCAACAAUUGUGCAGCUUAGUUUUGGGGACCGUCUGGGAGCACUUGUUGACACGAUGAAGGCACUCAGAGAUCUGGGCCUGGACGUGGCCAAAGGAACUGUAACAACUGAGGCUUCUGUUAUACAGACAAAAUUUUACAUUAUGCGAUCGGGACGGAAGGUUGAGGAUCCUGCUAUGUUAGAAAAAAUUCGGCUCACCAUAAUCAACAAUCUUCUCAUGUAUCACCCAGAAUCUAGUGAGAAGCUAGCAAUGGGUGAGGUUUUUGGAAUAAAACCUCCAGAGAAGAAGAAACACUUUGACGAGCCUAAUGAUUAUCCUCUUUUUCAAUCUUUGGUGGAUGUUGACAUUGCAACACAUAUAUUUGUUCAAGAUGAUGGACCAAAGAGAAGCUUACUCUACAUUGAAACUGCUGAUCGACCUGGACUAUUGCUGGAGAUAAUCAAGAUUAUAGUGGACAUAAAUAUUGAUGUGGAAUCAGCUGAGAUUGACACUGAAGGCCUGGUUGCCAAGGAUAAAUUCCAUGUAAGCUACGGAGGUGCAGCACUGAACAGCUCCUUAUCACAGGUGUUGACAAACAGUUUGCGCUACUACCUUAGAAGGCCUGAAACAGAUGAGGGCAGCUAUUGAUACCUUGUUCCAGUGAAAUUCAAGACCCAUAAUUGGUGCAGGUCCCCUUCCAUUGUUCCAGAGAGCUGAUUUUCUGUAAUUACAGGGCCUAUGUGGCACUCUUCCUGUUACAUACAUCCUCUGCGAAAAUCUAUACAUGAUUGAUGUCUGAAUGUUGUGAAUGAUGGUUCUUGAAUCUUGCUUAGUCUUCCAUUUUGAGCUCAGGUAGCUUCAACAUAUCUGUUGCUUUGGAGAUGUAUCAUCUAUUACCCAUACUAAAAACGGGAAGGCAGCCUCAUCCUGGUCUGGCUAGGAUUGGGCCUUUUUCCUUUUC